CCUCAACGCUCAAUAUCUGCAAGGUAAUAACUCACGUUGGGGCAACGAUAUAUCGCUCAUUUAUCUUUUGAAUCUGUCUAUAAAAUUGUGGAAUAUAUAUAAUAUAUAUAUAGUCUGACUUCAGGAGGAAGUAUGCCGAUAUCAGGACCUGAGCACUCGAGAGAUUUGAUAUUUGAAGAGGAUGACUUGGCCUAUGAGGAGGAGAUCUUACGUCAUCCGUUCUCUGUCAAGUGUUGGCUGCGUUAUACCGAGCACAAAUCUAAAGGCCCCCCGGCAGGACUACAUCUCAUCUAUGAGAGGGCCCUCAAGGAAUUACCAGGAAGCUACAAGCUCUGGUAUAACUACCUGAAGCUGAGAAGGAAGGCGAUCAAGGGCCGUUGCAUCACGGACCCUGGAUACGAGGAUGUCAACAAUGCCUUUGAGAGAGCCUUGGUCUUCAUGCACAAGAUGCCCCGAAUCUGGCUGGACUACUGCCAGUUCUUGAUGGACCAGUGCAAGGUCGCCCGGACGCGCCGGACGUUCGACCGCGCCCUGAGGGCCAUGCCCAUCUCCCAGCAUCACAGGAUCUGGCCCCUCUACCUCAAGUUUGUCCGCUCCAUGCCGCUCCAGGAGACGGCCGUCCGGGUGUACAGGAGGUACCUCAAGCUGUGUUCUGAGAAUGCUGAGGAGUACAUUGAGUACCUGGUUGACAUUUUGCGCUUGGACGAGGGCGCUGUUCGUUUGGCAGACAUCGUAAAUCAGGAGGCCUUUGUGUCCAAAGAGGGAAAAUCAAACCACCAGCUGUGGCAUGACCUCUGUGACUUGAUCUGCAAGCACCCGACCAAGGUCACGUCGCUCAAGGUCGAUCCCAUUAUCCGGGGAGGGAUCAAACGCUUCAGCGAUGAGAGGGGGAAACUGUGGUGCUCUCUGGCUGACUACUACAUCAGGAGCGGUCACUUUGAGAAGGCAAGGGACAUCUAUGAAGAAGCCAUCUUUACAGUGAAAACUGUCAGGGAUUUCACCCAGGUGUUUGAUGCCUAUGCUCAGUUUGAGGAGAGUAUGCUGAAAGCAAAGAUGGAAACCUCCGCGGAGUCUGGUUCAACAGAAGAUGAUGACAUCGACAUAGAGCUGAGACUGGAACGGUUUGAAGACCUGAUGGACAGACGCCCUCUGUUGUUGAAUAGUGUCCUAUUGAGGCAGAAUCCCCACAAUGUCCAUGAGUGGCACAAGAGGGCUAAACUCUUUGAGGGGAAGCCUAAAGAAGUCAUUAACACCUACACAGAGGCUGUUCAGACGGUGACCCCUCAGCUAGCGACAGGGAAGCUCCACACGCUGUGGGUGGAGUUUGCCAAGUUCUACGAGAAGCAUAGCCAGAUCAUGGAGGCUAGGGUGAUAUUUGAGAAAGGAACCAAGGUUGAGUACAUGAAAGUAGAUGAACUGGCCGGAGUCUGGUGUGAAUGGGCGGAGAUGGAGAUAAGACACGAGAACUAUGAUGCUGCACUGAAGCUGAUGCGUAGGGCGACGGCGGCACCCGGCAGGAAGGCUGCGUACCAUGACAAGAGUGAACCUGUCCAGAACAGACUUUAUAAGAACCUGAAGCUUUGGUCUAUGUAUGCCGAUCUAGAGGAGAGCUUUGGAACUUUCAAGAGCACCAAGGCAGUGUACGAUCGCGUCAUUGAUCUCCGUAUUGCCACGCCCCAGAUCAUCAUCAACUAUGGCAUGUUCCUGGAGGAGAACCAGUACUUUGAGGAGGCUUUUAAGGCAUAUGAGAAGGGGAUCGGUCUCUUCAAGUGGCCAAAUGUGUAUGACAUCUGGAAUACCUAUCUUACAAAGUUCAUGGAGAGAUAUGGAGGCAAGAAACUGGAGAGAACCAGAGACCUCUUUGAACAGUGCCUUGAAGACUGUCCUCCCAAAUUUACCAAGACUUUGUACCUGUUGUAUGCCAAACUCGAGGAGAAAUACGGAUUAUCCCGGCAUGCUGUGGCCGUCUAUGACAGGGCUACCAAAGCAGUGCUUCCCAAAGAGCAACACGAGAUGUUCAACAUUUACAUCAAGCGAGUUGCCGAGGUGUAUGGCGUCACCCAGACCAGACCCAUCUAUGAGAAAGCUGUGGAAAUUCUACCCGACAUCGAAGCCAGAGAGAUGUGCCUCCGGUUUGCUGAUCUGGAACGCAAGCUGGGCGAGAUCGACAGAGCGAGGGCGGUCUACGCUCACUGCUCGCAGAUGUGUGAUCCACGCGUGACGGCAACUUUCUGGCAGGUGUGGAAGGACUUUGAGAUCAAGCACGGCAACGAGGAUACGGUCAGGGAGAUGCUGAGGAUCAAGAGGAGCAUCCAGGCCAAGUUUAACACUCAGGUGAAUUUCAUGUCAGCUCAGAUGAUCGCCGCAGAAGGAGCAGCCAAACCCAACUUAGCUGCAGUGGAUGACAUGCAGUUACUGGAACAGAGAGCACAGGCACUUGCUGCCGAGGCCGAGGCUGAUAAACCAAGACUCAAGAAAGAUAUUCUCUUUGUCAGGGGUGAUACUGAAGCUAAGCGGGAGGCGGUUGCCGAGGCAACAAGAGCAGCCAACCCGGCAGAGAUCAACAUCGAUGAUGAUGAGGAUGAGGAUAGUGAAGAAGAAGUGGAUGAGGUCAACGUGGAGCGGAAGAGUGUCCCAUCUGAGGUGUUUGGUAGUAUCAAAGCUGUCCAGGAUGAAGAGGAGGAGGAUGAAGAAUAAAGCAUUCCUUCAACUUGGAAAAAGAACUUGUGUAGCCUGUUCACUUAAAUGGAAUGAGCAGCGAUAUCAGCGGCUGAACCACACUUGGUCCUGCAACUAUUUCCUACACAUACCAAAUUCUUAACCCUAACUCUGUGCCUCACCUAAAAUCCAAUCGCAACCCUAACCCCCUUCCUCAACCUUUGACUAUCUUAAAGCCUGGAUCGUUUGUCGCAGAUCAGGGCCCCAUUUCACAAAACUUGUCAUCAGUGAUAAAUGACAGUUUAUGUCAUAAGCUAGUGAAAUCCUUGCUUCUGAUUGGUUAUCAGCAGAUUUAUCACUGAUUUUUUUGUCAUUUGUCAUUGAAAAAUGGAUUUGUGAAACUGGUCCCAGGUCACCAAUGUGAGCAAUGAGGAAUGCGUUUUUAUUAUGAAUGUCUACAUUUUUUUCCCUUAAACAGAAAAAGUUACAUUUAUUGUGAAGCUUAUCCCCCCUGGGAGAUGUUCGAUACCCAUUUUAACCAUGAAACAAAGCACUAAAAAAGCCAACACUAUCUCUUGAAAGUUUAUUUAUAACAGCUUUUCAAAAACUUCAUGGCACAGGAGGGGUUUUACUUGUGUCAAGUCGCCAGCACCUUAAUGCUUCAACUUUGUUUCAAAUGAUGAACCGUCUAUAAAUGUUCAUUUGGCUUGUAAUGGAUAUAAAACAUGCCUGAAAGUGUUACAGAAAACAUAAUGCUCAGUCCUUUUCAAUGAGAAUAAUUUCUUUUCAUACUGUGGUGUGGAAAAAAUGUGAAAAAUGUCAAAUGAAAGACAUAGGAUAGCCAGUUUCUACCAUUCUUUCACUUAAUUUUCAAGUGUAGAGGAAUAGACAAACUGAAAAUUUGACUGUGAGACCUAGAACUUAACUCUAUUUUAAAGCCAUUAAACUGAAAGCCACGUCUGUCAUACGCGUAUUUCUGUUGGAUAAUUCAUGAAAGCGUAAACAAAUCAUAAUGAUUCUAACCGUUUUUUUAGUUUUUUUAAACAACACACAAGUACAUGUAAUUUAUCGUGGCCAGCUGAUUGUGCUUCAUCUUUAUGUUGAAUAUGCUUCUUCAAAAAUCUACAAAUUAAUUUUUUUUGUUAAAUACAAUUUCAAGUGGCCUAAGUCUUGUAACAGUAUUGACUAAAUUAAUAUAUGUUGUAUGUUUGAAAUAAAUUGUAUGACAUUUGUUUGUUCAUGGUGAGUGGAAAUUCAUGCCUAUCAUGAAAAUUAAUAAGAUUAGUUACAAACAGAUUCUUGGCCCACAUAGUUGUUAAAAUCUCCCUGACAUUAAGUCAUGUUUUUGAAUAGACAGAAAACAGUCCUGCUUCAACUUUUGUACAUGCAUUGUUAAAUCAGUAUGUAAUUGUGUUUGACACUGUUUACUUCAUCUUUGAUUUAUUGUGAUAUUGUCUAUUAAUCUUCUUGCAUUGGUAUGUACACAAUAAAACAAGUAAUUCCAAUAAUGUUCAGAUUAACAUAAAAUGUAUGUAACUCUAGUGAUAUUAAACGAUUCAUGAUUUUCAUA